GCCGAAUACGGGACCCUCGAAAUUGCCACCCGUUGAACCAUGCGCACUGCCGCCGACUGCGUCCGCGGAGCGCUACUGCUCUCGGCCUCCUUCUUCCUCGUCUUUACAUCGUACGUUGCGAUCGAGAAUCUGGAGACCUCGAUCAUCCCAGGCGCUUGCACGGGCUGCGCGCAGGUUGCAGACGGAGCGAUCUGUCAGCUCGACGACGUCUGCGUCCAUAAAGUCCAAUUUGCUUGUGACGUGGCGUGCGCGGCGCCGUACAAAGAAUGCAAAUCGGCGCUUGGCAACAUGAUUUUGGGCGUCAACUACCUUCUCUUUUCCAUCAGUUCGCUCGCAGGACCCUUUGUGCCCUCGCUUUUGGGCGAGAAGACGAGUAUGGUGAUUGGGUCCAUCAGCUACACUACGUUUGGCGUUGCCAACUUUGUCGUCGCCGUGUACCCAAGUCACACGGCGAUGCACUGGUGGAUCAUGCUGCCCGCGGCGGUCUUUAGCGGCGUCUCGGCGUCGUUCCUCUGGAUUGCGCAGGGAAGCUACUUGACGCAACUCAGCGUGCACUACGCCGAGUACAUGGGCCUUCCCGAGACAAGUUCCAUGGGGCUCUUUCACGGGAUCUUUUUGGGGAUUUUCAAGUGCAGUCAAAUUGCCGGCAACCUCAUCGCAUCUUUUGUGCUCGGCACACUCGGCUGGUCGACAUCGAGUCUCUUCCUGAUUUAUGUUGGCAUUUCAACCUUGGGGACACUGUUGUUGUGGUGCUCGAUUGAAGAGCAAGCCCCGCUGUCGCCACUUUCGACACCAAGCGAAACCACGCGGCUCUUGCGCGAGCACCAAAAACACUCGGUCGUUGCCACCGUCCGCGCUGUGCUGAGCAUGGCCCUCGACAAGCGCAUGCUCACGCUGACACCACUUUUGCUCUUCAACGGCAUCCAGCAAGGCUUUGUGUCGUCAGAGUUCACCUCGACAAUCGUCCGCCAGUCGCUCGGGCAAGCGUCGAUUGGCAACAUCAUGGCCGUCUUUGGCGUCGUCAACGUCGUCUCGUCCUACGGCUUUGGUCGACUCGCCGACAAGCUGGGGACCUUGUAUGCACAAAUCUUUGGGUUCACUGCGCUUCUGGCUGCGUACGUGGUCUGCGUGGUGCUAUCUGUCACGCGCUGCGAUGAUCAGUGGGCCAUGAUGGUCGGUCUCUCGGUCCUCCUCAGCAUCGGUGACGCGUGUACGUAAUUUUCUACGCUUGGCUCUACUCAUGCUCAUAACACUAGCGUCGACGACGUUGGCCAACGUGGUGCUCGGACAAGACUUUGCGCACGACUCGCUGCGAGCGUUUUCUCUCUUCCGGUCGUACCACGCAGGCGCCGCGAGUCUCAGUUUCUUUUUCCUGCGCUACCUCAGCUUGGACGGGCGUCUGUACCUCUUGAUGACGACCCUCGUGCUGGGCAUUGCCAUGUUCGUUGUCCACCAUCUCGGCUACGCGCCGCGUCAGUAGACGAAUGACGUGGUUGACACUUAGUGCUGCAACUGUAACCUGGUUCAUACAAACCUCGGUCCAGUCUUAAUUUGCAAGCUAUCAC